AUGACAAACCAAACAAUCAUCCCAGUUAGCCAAAACUCCGGCGAUGUUCCCAACCCCCACUAUAUUCUAAUGCCGGCAAUGGCGCAAGGCCACAUGAUCCCCAUGAUCGACAUGGCUCGGCUCAUAGCCAGCCGAGGCGUGCAUGUUACCUUCGUCACGACCCCGCUCAACGCCGCACGCAACAACACCAUCAUUAAUUCCAUGCAUGGCUCUGGCCUCCCCAUCCACUUCCUCAUCCUCCCAUUCCCAUGCAUUGAAGCUGGCCUCCCUGAAGGUUGUGAGAAUCUUGAUAUGUUGCCAACCGGAGAUCUUAUGAAGACCUUCCUAGAUGCGUGCCGCUUGCUCAAAAACCCUCUCAUUAACCAUCUCAAAGCUCAAAAUCAUUUAUCUCCUCAAAGCCUCAUCAUCUCUGAUGCCUCUCUUCCUUGGACUAGAGAGGUUUCCAGAGAGCUAUCCAUUCCAAAACUAUUUUUUAAUGGUUUUGGCUGCUUUGCUCUUCUCUGUUGCUUCAAGAUACAUGAGCAUAAGAUUCAUCAAGCCAUUACUGAUGAGAAUGAGCUCUUUGUGAUCCCUGGAUUACCAGAUAGGAUAGAGUUGACACGUGCCCAGACUCCUGGUUUUUCUAUCAAAGAAAUGGAGAAGUACAUGGUGGAGAUGAGAGAAGCUGAGAUUGAGGCUGAUGGUGUGGUGGUGAAUAGCUUUGAUGAGUUAGAGAGCCAGUACUGUGAAUGGUACCAGAAAACAACUGGAAAGAAGGUCUGGAUGAUUGGUCCUUUGUCACUGUCUAACAAGAAAAUUGGUGAUGUGGCUGCCAGAGGGAACAAGGCGGCCAUAGAUGAAGGCUUGUGCAUGAGCUGGCUUGACUCCAUGAAACCAAGCUCAGUUCUUUACGUGAGCUUUGGUAGCAUGGCCCAUACAAAGCUUGAUCAGCUUGUGGAGUUAGGACUCUCACUUGAAGCUUCACAGAAGCCCUUUAUAUGGGUGAUAAGAGAUGGUGAAAAGGUGGCAGAUGUGGAGGAGUGGUUAUCUGAAGGUUUUGAAGAGAGAACAAGAUCAAGGGGUUUGAUCAUAAGAGGUUGGGCUCCCCAAGUAAUGAUCUUAUCUCACCAAGCAGUUGGAGGGUUCAUGACUCACUGUGGAUGGAAUUCCACUCUUGAAGGUGUGACUGCAGGUGUGCCAAUGAUCACAUGGCCUCAUUUUGCUGAACAGUUUAUCAAUGAGAAGCUGAUUGUUCAAGUGCUGAAGAUUGGAGUGUCAGUUGGAGUGAAGCAUCCUGGAAGGCAGUGGGUCGAAGAUAAGGGAGAUGCACUCGUGGUUGAGAAGGAGAUGAUUGAGAAGGCGGUGGUAAGGUUGAUGGGAGGAGGAACGGAAGCAGAGGAGAUGAGGAAGAGAGCAAAGAUGUUGGGAGAGAUGGCUGUUAGGGGAAUGGAAGAAGGUGGUUCUUCUUACCAGACUUUGAGCAACUUGAUAAACUACUUUAAUGGUGCUGAUCAUGGCCAAGUGGAGGACAAGAGGCAUGUGCAGCUUGCAUAG